AUGUCGGCAUCACACCGCCACAAUGGCGGGCGCUCAUCCUCAACGCCACCCGAAUCCAGCCACAGCCUGAACCGAAGCCCAUUGUGGGAACGCGAUGACGGGAAUGGCGGCAACAGCCGACGUGAAAGAAAUCGUCGUCGACGCCCUGCCGAAUAUGAUUUUGCAGAGGAUGAGGAAGGGUCCUUGAUUCAAUUUGACAGGAGAGAAUCGGCAACAACGUCUGAGCUCUUUUACGACUUGUGGUUCGUUGCCAACCUCACCGUCUUUGCGACCGUGCAUCCAAUCACCGAAGUAGAUGCGCUCGUGUCAUUUGUCGGCUACUUCCUACUGUUAUGGAAUACUUGGUUCAUUACGACAACCUUUGAUGCUCGAUUCAUCCACGAUGGGAUACUUCCACGUAUUGCCCGGGCAUGCCACCUUACCGUCAUGAUCGGGUUCGUUAUUGCCGGGGCUGCUUUCGAUCGGAAAGAACUUAUUAGGUCUAUUAUUAAGGCGCUUUCUCUCUUUCUGGUGCUCUCGAGAUUGGUGCUCACCGCACAGUACUGUCUUGUAUUGUACGGGGUACGCCAUAACAAGAGAGGUCGCAGGGCUCUUGUGGUUGCGGCUACUCUUACUUUUGUUCCUGCAAUUGCCUACCUGAUAGUGGGCAUCAUUUCGGAUACGAGCAAUAAUCGACAUGUUAUUGUCGUUUGGUACGUCGUGGGUCUACUUGAGCUAUUGGGCGGAAUUCUUCAUGCUACGCUCUCUAAGACUCUCAGCUUUGAAGGCACCCACUUCAAUGAGCGCUUGAACCUCUUGACAUUAAUUGUACUUGGAGAAGGCAUCAUCAUUCUAGCAAAAAAUGCAGCUAAGAUUGUAGAGUAUACCUAUCUCAAGGGUAUUUCCACUUACUGGUCCCCCGCUCUGGUUGGUACGCUCUUUUCCGCUGGAGCAAUUAUUUACAUUACAUACCAGCUCUACUUCGACUGGAUGCCGCAGGAGCAUCACCAUCCGCAUAUGACGCCCUGGAGACACGCCGCCUGGACACUGAUUCACCUUCCUUUCCAUGCAGUUCUUGUGCUGUUAUCCGAAGGGAGCAGUCAAUGGGCUGUAUGGUGGCGAGCCAUCGAGUCCUACCGUGAAGUGGAGGCAAAACUUGAGGCCAGUGUGAACGACAGCAUUACCGACAGGGAUUCUACUCGUUCGUCCAAGGUAGCCGAAGCCCUCAAAGACACGGCGUAUUCCAUCCUGAAGAAGUAUGGAUCAGAUCCCGAGGAUGGGAGCAAGAAUUCGCAGGACCUCGACACCGCCUUUGACGACAUCAAAGGGUUGCCAAGCAGUUUUUGGGACCAGGGGAUGAAGAAUAGCAGCGACCCUAAUUACCGAACCUGGGUUGAUAGUUAUCUUGGUGUGUCAAGAACCACCAUGAACUCUGUUAGCAAGGCAUUUGGCCUCUCGUCUGAAGACAAGAAAGACUCUGGCACGACGGAUUGGAAGAGUGCAGAACUUGCUGCUGUAAAUUCUACAUCGGUCCGGCUUCAUACUAUUUUUGCGUACUUGUUCGUCAGCGCUGGGAUUGUUCUCAUGCUAUUGAUGAUCCUGCAUAUUCUGGCCAAAAGGCGCGGUUGGUCGCAGUUUGAUAUGCUCCGUGCAGCCAUCGUUUUCACUACCGGAACUGGCCUCAGCCUUGUAGCCACCAUCAAGCUGAACCCGUCCAUGCUCUCCAGCUUUAUCAACUCACCUUUGCAAUUGCCUAUUAUUUUGAUAUGCUACUUUGGCUGUCUGAUCUUGACACAUUUACCGAUGUCAUCGCCACCGACCAAUGAGUCUUCGAAUCAGAGCGAAAAGGGGGCGAGGAAUGUGAAGAGGGGACACAGCCGGGCCCAAGACCUAGAAUCGGCUGUCCCUGGGAGAAGACAACGUCACAGCAGUUCUCGGGAGGGAGACAAUAGUGAGCAUCGUCGACAAAGGGGAAACGAAAACGGAGCUUCUGACACUGAUCGGUCUGCACAAAGAAAGGGCCGAUCCGAGCCAGAUAUGACCGAAAGAAUCGUCGAUCAUCUUUGGCGCGCAGUUUAUGACCUCUUUGUGCCCCGAGCCGAACGUCAAUAUGAUCGUAGAGGUAGAUCAAGGGCACCCGCAUACUGGGUAUGA